AUUCGCAAUAUCAGCAAGAGGCAGAAUAUUAAAGACAGGUUCUUUUUAUAAAUAUUUUUUCAAGUUUCCAAAACAACAAUAAAACAUUUUUAAACUUCUAAUUAGACUCGCUACGAAUUAUUUUUGUAUUUUUUUGUCAAUUUUUGAAUCCAAUAUGGCGGUCGUGUGUACAACAGACCGCCGAACCUCGGGAAUGCAUGCUCAAAAAUAAUUGCUCACAAAAUGGCCAAAUUUCAAUAUUUGAAUCCCUUGGGCUUUACGGCUUUGUUUAUGUAAAUAAAGUACAUUUCACCCUCUUUAUUUCCUUUCAGCGGUGUCCGAAAGAAACUUCCACUCAAGCAAAUCAUGAUCGAAGCACGAUCGCGAAGCUUUCUCAAAUCGCUUGGCCACGGAACAGUGAGACAAGUAGAUUGACCUACAUGUUACAUUCAAAACACGAUGAUGCUUAUUGACACUCAAAUAGGCAUCGUAUUUGGCCAAUAUCGGUUAUAACCAGUCGUGGAUUAUCGAGAGGCAAGCAAAGUGAUUUGUAUAUCGUGAGAAACAAAGUUAGGACAGCAUUUCUCCACGAAAUCGAUUCUGCCAAUUUUGAAAACCGUCUUUCUCCUUCAUGUUCGAGAUUCUGUAUUUCUACGUGGAUAUAACGUAUAACUAUUGACAAAAUCGUGGGUAUUUUGGUAAGCAAAAGGUUUAUACAUUCGUUUGUGUAUUUUUGUACAAUAAGUGUUCAGAAAUCUUGCGUAAAAGCUCUUUGUAUAUCUUAAUUAUAUUUAUGAUAUUUUAGUGUUCGAUAAUUCUCGCAAGGUCGAACGUAUAAAAGUCAGGCUAAUUUGUAGUGAGUCGUGUACUCGCUACAAAUUGUGUAUAAAUUCAAUAAUAGAUUGGCAUUAUUUAGGCAACUUUGAAGCUAGGUUUAGCCUUAUGUUUAAACUAUAUUCUAAUAUUAUUUAAAAGACUUAUAAUUCAAAAGGAAGGAUAAAAAACAAAAAUAAACCGACUUCCUUUGUGUAUUGUGCUUCCAGAAUAGCGUAGGCUAAAGGAAUCGAAAAGGGGAAAAAAUAGAUUCGUUUAUUCCGCAAACUUACACAGUGUGACAGUUCAAAACAGGUUAACAAAUACAUUGCUUACGUAUUUUAUAAGGUGAAUAAAUUAUGUUCAUGGCGAUGUUGUUUAUGAAACGCACACUGCGAUAUUAAACGUCUUUAUGACCCUAUCUCGACCCUGUUCGUAAAACCUGCGCCGUGUACCUUUGUAAAAAUUUGUACACAAAACCGAAAGUGAAAAUCAUUCAAAAAUUGUCAGGUAUAUGUCUAGAAUCACGGGGAAGCGUCGGUCAAGUUUGCACAAAGUAUUGAUGUAUAAAUUGUCGUGUUGUAAUCUCGUUAAUUUGUGCUCAAAUAUAUAUAAUAGUAGUUAAAAUUUUGGCCAGGAAAAUCAACGCUUCGCUCCCGUACUCUUAUUUUUGAUUGCUAUAUAUCAAAUUUCAUACGAACUUUUCAACAAGGGAAGUCACGCGCUAGGUUUGUAAUACGUUAUUCGUUUAGCGAUUUCAUAAAUAAGCAUUGGAUGCCAUGCUUAAAUAUUUGUGUUUUUAAAGUCAAUUUGUGAAAUAUAAGUUAUCCAAUGUUGCCAAUACGUACUAACAUUUGUUCUGCUCUGAAUGUAAUUCGUGUUAGUUUUUCCUGUUUGAAUAAAUUCCCCAAAAUAAACAUUUUAUUCUCCAAUUUUUAUUCAAACGAAAUGCAUAGCAAACAGCGUGUGUCUUUUGUGGUGUAUCAAAAUGAAUUACAAAUUUCCAAAUUAAUUUCCGAACUCUCGAUUAAAUACGAAGAAGAAACGGUGUCUGUGCGCCUUUCUAGUUUUGCAACUCAAGUUCAAAACACUUCAGACUGUUUUCGUGAGCCUAAACUAGUCAAAAACCUAUAAAAGUGUCGCUACUUAGCGAAAAAAUAAAUUAGAUAAAAAUUUUUAAAAGCCACUCGUGUUAAAAUUUAAUUUGCGACAUUUUAAUUCUGAAAUGCAUCCAUGAAAGCACUGAUAUCAAGUUCAAAAUAAAGCCUAUAUUAAUAAUAUUUUCCCGCGUUUUCAUAAGUCGUGCUGAGCCUUUUUGGCACCGCUAAAUUGACGUGUUUUUUAAAAAUAAUAUUGCUUCCGAGGGUUUUCCUCAUGAAUAUUGUUUUAAAUAUAUAUAUAUGGGUAUAAUCUUGGCCUUUCUUUGCUACAUUCGCCAUUCGGAAUAUGUUGCAAAAUAUAUUAUCGUCCGGUACGUCCAGCUGAUAACAGUCAAAACGUUUAAAGCCAGACAUCUUUUAAGCGUUUUCCAAACAGCCACCUGCCGAAAUAUUUUAAAAUUCAAAAUGUGCAUUAAGUCCAGGUAUAUUUAGCAUGCUUUUGAGUUUGGACAGCACUUUAAAAUAGCAUAAUUUGCAAGGCGCUUCUUUAUAUUUCAAUAUAGAGCCUAAUACAGAGAAAGGUGCAUAUAAAAUGGCCAACACAAACGAUGUCGUUUUUCGUCAUGUGAAUCGAAACGAUUUGGAGCGAAGAAGUAGACCAGAAUCGGCCCACAAAGGCAACCUAAAACGUCUCAAAACCAGUAGCGUCGGCGGCUUUCAACGAUGGGAAAAAGAGAACGAGUUGCUUUGGGCAAUGCUCGAAGACGAAACGGAAUGGCUUGCGAAACUGUUCCCCGAUAUUAUUAUCACGCCAGAGCUGUUCUUCUACGCACUAGAAGACGGUGCUAUUCUCUGCCGUUUGGCAAAUCUCAUACAAGAAGCGGCCGACGAUUACGGCAAGAAAAACAAAGUCAAAGUGCCCGCGAAAAGGUUCAAAUUUCACGCAAGCAUACAGAAGAAAAAUAAGCAGUUGGCAUUGUUUAAAUCUCGCGAGAAUGUGCAAGGCUUCCUGACGUGGUGUAGACAAAUUGGAAUUUCUGAUUCGAUUCUAUUCGAAUCAAAUGACGUGGUCGAGGCGGACGAAUGCAGAGAGGGGUGCAGGGAGGUAGUCAUAUGCUUGAUGGAAAUCGCCCGCCGUGCCUCUGGGAUGUUUAAAUUCACGCCUAUUCCCAAACUCAUACAACUGGAGAAAGAAAUCGAAAUUGAAGAACAGAAAGAGGCCGAGGAGGAGAAUUCGUUAGAUCAAGUGGAUUACGCGAGCUCGGACGAUGAGUCGAACACCAGUUGCCCAAGUCCAGAGGCGCACUCCCCACCCACCAACGACGGGGGCAAUCACACCUCACCCGGCGGAAAUAAAAAGAAAUCAAAAAAGCAUCAGCCUAAAAGCGAAUUGGACAAAGAGGUAAGGUUUAAAUAUGUUUUUAAUACAAAAGUUUUUGUUUACAUUUUAAAAUAAUCUAGUAGUCACUUUGCACCUGCAAAAUUGUGAAUGUGGUAGUGUCAAAUUUCGUGAGGCAUGUUGGAGGCACACAUUGCAAUAUUCAUCGUUCUGAUGAAUAACGUACAUAUUAUAAUAGAAUUUAAAAUGAGCAAGCAAUGAAAUAGCUUUUUUCGAAAAAAUAAUUUGAAGAAUGAAGGGUUAUUUUAGAAAGAUCUCAGUACCCUAAUCGUCGUUGUCGAUUAGUUAAAGCCCAUAGACGACGAGCAAAUUUUCAUUGACAAGUUUCCUUGACAAAUGUACCUUCUCGUGUGUGUGCGGUGAACAAGUUUUCCUUGACUGUUUUUUUUGUUCGUGUGCGAAGAAUGUUGUUAAACAUUUAUCUCACGUCAAGGCCACCGUUUUUGUUUGCCAAAACCAUAGAAGUAUUUGUUGUAUACUUAAAGUUGAAUAAAUUUCCCUUGUCCAAAAGAUGGCGUGACUAGUUUAGUUUUUUUUCUGCUUGCCAAGGGAAAAUUGUCAAGGAAACGUACUGUGCUUAAAGCCUUAAACGGUCGGUCAUUGAGUCAUUUGACAUAUCAAACAUUUCAAAUGAAUAUGGCAUUGUCUCUUAAACGCGAGGGGUUAAUACCCUUAGGCCUUUAUAAUCUUCCUACAUGCAGUGACAUGACGCGUAUUUGUGUGCUCGAAGUAUGGAUUAUUACGGAUUCUACUAUUUUUCUGCCGUAUUCGCGAUUCACAAGCAAAUAUCAUGAAGCCUAUCACGGAGAAUGUGUUAGACACAAGGUCAAGCACCCUCUAUAACCCUUGUUCUCGGUUUAAUAAUCAAGGCUUCACAUCAAUUUCAAUAUAUCCCCGUUAUUAUGACGCAGUAAUCUAUAAUUCGAAAUCGAAUUGGACAUGUGGCGUACUUCUGUUCCGGAAAACGGCUUUGAUAAAUCUAUUAAAUGCAAACAUUUAUAUAACGUCAAUGAAUAUUUCCGUUGUGCCUUUUAUCUGGCAAAAUUAGAUUUAAAAUUGAUUGGGAUAGAAAAUUAAUUGAACCGGUAUGAAACAUCUGUUGGCCGUUCGCAAUGACGUCAUGGCAAAAUAAACGCGCACGGACAGAGGACUAGAGACUAGAGUCGCAAAAUACGACGAAAAGGACAAGGGAUCAGCUGCGAGUAACUUUGUCCCUUUCAACUUAUGAAAAUUUUCCGCAGAAAGAAAAUUUUGUAAAAAUGUGAUUUGCCAACACAAAUUUUCCGUCGGAGAAAAAUUUUUAAUCGGAAAAUUUUCUGUUCGUGAAAAUUUUUCUUGACCGAAAAUGGGCCCUUUAAUAAUAAGAGUCUGUAUGUUCUUAAGGCGUGCAAGCAAAUGUUUACGCUAUAAUGCUCAUACAAAUAAUAUUUAUUAUUAUUAGAAUAAUAUUUAAAGAGGGUGAACAAUAUUAUUAAACUUUAAAAUAUUUGUGAUGAGUGACAAAAGUGACAUAAUGAGUGACAAAAGAGGAAUUCAACUAAAUAUGUACAAGAAUAAUGCAUUACUAUGAUUACUAUGAUAAGAGCAACACGAGAGUUAACUAUAAAUAUUACAUAUAUACAAACUACAAUUUAGGUAUAGGUUCAUGGGAGUUGACCAAAGAGGGUUUGCAUGAAGGAUUCGUCGACUCUCAUGGCUUGCUCUAGAGUAGUAGAGUUGCAUGAGAGUUGGCAAACGUGAAUUUGCAUGAGCUUUUCAGCUUUUUCUUCAACCAGAAACCUAACGAAGACUUUGUCGUUGCGGGUGUGUAAAGUUCCAAAUUACCUGAAAUUUUAAAUUAUGUUUUACGUUACCUAUAUUCUAUAAAAGCAGUUUUUGAAAUUUAGUUUUUCAUGAGUAAUUGAAAAGUAUAUUCAAGAGCAGGUGUUUCUUUGGAAAGAGUAUAUUGGCAUAAUAGGAUACGGGGCUAAACCUACUAUUGGAGGUUCGGCGGAUUGCUCACCUCGGGGGAGCAUGGCAGCAUGCCAUGCUCCCCCGAUGAGGUUUUUGAAUAUUUAGACCCUCAGAACUAAAAUUUGGUCUUCUUAACUUGCAUUCAUUUUUAAUUUCCUACAUUUUUGCCUGUCAAUGCUUUUAUAAUUUACCCGCUGAAAAUCCGCUUGAACCAUCUAGAAAUUUACCUGAAAUUACUCCUGAACAAAUUGGGGAGGAGGGGGGGGUGGGGGGGUGGAGAGGGAGUGUUCUACCUCCCAAUACCGGUCGCUAUACCGUGUCUGUCUUCAACCCUCAUGACUUGGUCAAACGAAACAAGAAUUGUACGAGAGUUGAGAAUCGAGAGUUGGUUUGCUUAGGAAUUUCUUUAACUUAAAAAAAGUACGUUGCAUGCGGAGAAUUGACAAGUGAGAGCUUCCAUGAACGAUUGGUCAUGAACUAUCGUGUGAAACGUUAUCCGAAAACGUAGGGUUUUAUCAGUGUUUAGGACCUUUACACUGCAAAAACUUCCUGAGUAUUUUGAUUAAAAAAAUUGAGUAAAAUGAAUGCACAUUAAAAUGAAUAAAAUUGUCCGCAAAUUUACUCGAUUUUUCGAGUAAGCUUUCAAAUUUAUUUAUUUUUUGAGUAGAGAUUUACUUUGCUCGAAAACAUGGGUAAAUUUGCUUAUAAAUUUGAGUAUGUAAACUAUAGUCUAUACUCAAUAUUUUCAGUCUUUCUGGGUACAUUAUUGUACUCACGUUUUUUUAGUCAAAUGUUUUUGCAGUGUAUAUAAUAUAGGCCUAUAAGGGUUUGAGUUAGGACCUUGUUAUAGGGUCAGUUGUCAUUGUCGGUGUUAUCGAGGACUCGAAAUUUUGUGACUCUUUUUGAACUGAUCACAAAACAGGAUGUAUGUUUGUGCAGAUGGACCGUGGGACAGUGCAUGCUUUGCGAUAUUAAUUUUUAAUUCGACCAUAAGUACACAAGUGGUCUUCUACAAACACAGUUCGAAAGUUGAGUCUAUUUUUGGUGUUAUAAUGAAACUUCAAAACGUGAUCUGAGUGAAAUGUCAUCUAGCCGAUUGUCUGAAUACGUCUAUAUGAUGUGUUUAUUUAUUUAAGUUAAGACUUUUGUUCAAUAUUUAUACUUGGCGGCUUAUCUGGUUGACAUGCAAUGUCUGAUUUGACUGAUCUCAAGUCUAUUAAAGAUCAGCAAAGUAUUUGGGGUUAUUUGAGAAUUCCUGAUGGCUACUUGUCUUAAGUGUUUCUAAAGGCCCGUUUAUACAUUUUCAAUGGACCAUUUGCAUUAUAGACUAAAUUUUGAUCUAAACAAGUCUAGACAAAAAUUUCUUCACAGCUUGAAAGAGCAUCACAAAAUUAGUAAUAUUCCAAAGUUUCGUUGCAAAAUGUUGUAAAAUGCGGAUAAUAUAGCCCUGCGCAGUUUGCAAUUUUCAGUCAUUUUGUAUUACAAACGGGAAAUUGAUGCCCCAACACCCCCAUUGGACUGUCAAUUUCCCGUGCGUAAUACAAAAUGACUGAAAAACGACAAACUUCGCAAGGCUAUAUUAUCCACAUUAAUCAACAUUUCGCAACGAAACUUUGGAAUAUUACUAAUUUUGUGAUGCUCUUUCAAGCUGUGAUGAAAUUUUUGUCUAGAUCAAAAUUUAGUCUAUAAUGCAAAUGUCCAUUCUCGCUGCAAUUUCUAAUGCGAUUUUCUACCUCUGAUGCAUGUGAACGAGUGGCGAGUCAUGAAUGUUCUGAGCAUACAGGACUCUUCAUAUGAACAUCCAUACCUCGUCUACUCAUUCAUAUACAUCAGAAGAAGAAACUCGCACCCAUGCAUAAUCGCAGCAAAACGGGCCCUAAAUUGACUUUUUACAAAGACAUGCCAAAGUCACUAAAAAAUAAACCACGCAUGCAUUAAACUAAUUUUCUUUCAUAACUCAGCCAACAAAUUCAAUAUUCAAACACAACAAGUUAUUAAUAUACUGACUUUGUGAUAUUCUAAAGACUAAUAUCUGAUAUUAAUACAUGUACAUUUCGACCGAACAUAAACCAUCAGAAAUUCUAAUGAUAAUCAGACAGACCUUGAAAAAAGUUCGAUCUCGAGAUACUGAGGGCGUUUCCUUUGCGCGAAGAUUGAAGAGAUAUUCAAAUUUUCACACACACUUUUGUGGGAUAAUCCUCACUUCAGGAAUCAUGUUUGCUUAUCUGUCAUUUGAGAUUGUGAAGUUUUAUUUCAAAAUAAUCCACUGCGCAUUAAGUAAGUUUCCAUUUCAUAUGCAUGCGCAUCCAAAACAGCUGUUUUGCAUGCGUUUGGAUAGAAACCUUGAGUUUGAAUAUCUAUAGAAACCUUGGUUUGGAUAGAAACCUUGAGUUUAUGUCAAUUGAACUAUAAUAACACGAUUCUGAGACUGCACGAAUUAGGAUAUGCGUGUCAAAGUAUUCAACUUUUCAAUCAUCUUUUGAAUAUGCAAAAACGUGGUCAAAGAACAAUUAGUUUUAGGAACAUUUAUCGCGUUUUCCAAUAAUCCAAUAUUUAUACAAAUUGUCAAAUAGAUGUACUGCCAUGACCAUGUUUGUGAUGUUACUCUGAGUGUGCAUCCACAACGUACGGGCAAGCUGAACGAGCACUACGGUGGGAAUCGGGGAACCCGCGACCUUUGGGAUACUAGUCCACAUAACACCAACACACACACACAAAAAGAUAUACUACCAUUUGCAAUCAAACGUUAACAGUAAACGUUAUCAAAGUUUGUUUAGUUUCAAACGUAAAUGCUUGGCAUUUACACAUAGGUCCCGCCCAUAAUAUUGUUUUAUAAAUGUAAAAAGCGAGGUUUUCGGAUCAAAUAAAUGGCGUGUUUUGACGACCGAAUUAUGUAUUGUGGGUAUAAAGCUUUCACUUGUACACAGACAUUAAUUGUAUUUAAUAUUCACUGUAAAAUCGAUAAAAACGGCAAACGUUCUAAGAGGUACUAACAAACGGGAAAACGUUUACAGCUGACGGUGCAUGGCUUGCAAAUGGUAAGUAUAGGUUAUUUUGAGGCAACGAGGGGAUAUGCGAUUUAUUCAUCGAGGCGCGCAGCGCUGAGGUGAAUAAACACAUAUCCCCGAGGUGCCUCAAAAUAACGUAUUUAUUUUUCACAUUGCGAGGUCGCGUUAAUGAGUCAGAAUAGACUAAUAAUUCUUAAUGCCAUAUUGCCUUCGUUAUGUUGUUUUUUCUCAUUUUUUGUGCUGCAAAGACAUUGCAGGUGAAUAUUAGAAGGGAUUAUUAAACGGAAAUUGAUUAGAGGGGAAUAUUGAAUAUAUUCCCCGGUAAGAACAAAGGAAACCGAGCAGGGUGAAAAAAAAGUAGUGAACAUUCCAGGCAGUUGAAUCCCUACGUACGCUGGCGCAGGCGGUCGAAUGAAUUAUAUCAUCAUAUUAGCAUCCUUUUGUUGCAAAUUUUCCUAAAUUUAUUAUUACAGCUUUCCUAUGCAGCGAUUCAGCUACCCUUCAGAAGCUUUCAGAAAUUGUUGUGCAGGGGAGGGAGGGGGGAGGAGGAAGGCAAUCCCCCCACACCCUAGACCUAUAGUGUCUGUCACUGAUAUAAGGAACGACUAUACUAUAGUAUACAAAUAAUGAAUGUUUAUGAGUGCAAUGGUAAGAAUAUUUUCAUGAGGUGAAAGAUGGAAUGUUCCAUUCAACGAGGCGACAGCCGAGUUGAAUGGAACUCUCCAUCUUUCACCGAAUGAAAAUAUUCUUACCAUUGCACGAAGAAACAUUCAUUAUUUGUUUUAUAUAAUACCAAAAUAGACUGAUAGAUUCGUAUGAGAAGCAUUUUGAGGGAUGCGAUUUAUCGAAAACACAAAGAGUGCAAUUGUACUAUACGUUUUAUUCCAUUGCACUCGCGGAGAGUGCAAUGGAACGUGUUCCAUUGCACUCUUGGGAAAUGGAAUUUUCUAUUCAAUAUCACGUGACCAUAAACAGCCAAUUAAAUGAUUAGAAUUUAAUAAGGUAUUAUAUAAUCUAUUCUAUAUCAUUUGAUACGAUUUUAGUCCAUUUUAGUUCUGGGCUCUUCUGGGCUCUAGAGUCCAGUAUAUAUACAGUCGAAUCAUAGAUAAUUUUAAUGUGCAGUUCAACCAAUUUGUGCAGUGAUAACGUAUGUUGUGCGAAAUUCUUAAUUGAUCAGAUCCCAUUAAUGAUUAAAACUACAUCACUUAUCGAGCUUAAAGGGGCCCUAAACUGAGUUUAAAGUCCAGCCUGGUUUAUUUAGUUCUAUAUAUAUUCAAUAACAUUUUCCUGGGGGGGUACUAGUAAUCUUCGAACUGGCAGACCCACUAUUGCUUAUGGAAUUUGCAGUGAUAAAAAUUUGAUAAAAUUAAUUAUGAGUCGAAUAUAUUCUGAGCCAUUUUGUUGAGAAGACUGUAUAGAUUUUUGCAUAAUUGAAAUAAAUUAAGGUACGCGGUACAGCGGUACUGUACGCUUGAUAUGGUAAUGUAUUCCUUACAAGCGAAAAGAUCCAACCCAGACCAACGCGUGUAUAGACACAUUAAUUACUGUAUAUACUACCAUAAUUAGACCUGUUUUGGAGUACGCGUGCCAGAUCUGGCAUUACAAUAUCCAACAAUAUUUAUGUGAAGAUAUUGAAAAAAUUCAAAAACGUGCAUUGAAAAUAAUCCUUCCGUCGCAAAACUAUGACGAAGCACUGAUCACGACUAACAUCACGUCGCUGAGAGAUCGCCGAGAAAAAUUAUGCGAACAUUUCUUUGAGAAGAAUAUUGACAAUGAAAAUCUCAAAGAUCUUUUACCACAAGCAAUUUUAUCUGGAUAUGAUCUAAGACCAAUAUGUAAAUAUCAUAAUUAUGUUUGUAGAACUGAACGUUUUUAGAAGUUUUACCUCAAAGUAUAUUAAAGAUCAACAGUAAAUAAGUUUUUAGAAAUGUAAAUACUCUUAAAUAUGUAAUAAUUAUGUAAUUUUAACUUCUCUUAAUUUAUAUAACACUGGUGUAAUUUAACCUUUUUGGGUUACAAAGUCAGUAAUCGUUGGUAGAGAGGCAACUACCCGAAAAAUACAAAGAGUCUCAUUAUCACCCGACUGUAUUAUUUCGUCACGCAAUAUAUAUGUACCGCCCGACAAAAUAUUUCAAGACAGUUUAAUUUUUUUAUAUUUUAUAUUGGUUUUCAGUGUUUAAACUGCCAACUUCAAACAAACAUAACAACCUCAAAUGAAAUUUCAUUGCUGCAUUUUACUGUAAAGGGACUUCGCAUACGUUUAUUUCGGAUCACAUUAAAUGUUAUGAAUUAUUUUUUAUAUAUUGAUAUAUAAAUUAUAUAAAAUAUAGACCGUCUGCUUGUUGGCCUGUUUCAAAAUGUAGUCGUGAGAAUCAAGGGAUUUAUUUUAUGUGGCCUAAUUAUAAGUAAUCUAUUUUGUUUUAAAUAGGUGUUCAAAAUUAUCGAUAACUUCAAUUUAUAUAAUAUAAGAAAAAUCAAGGAAGGAAAAUAUAUGAUUCUAGGAAAAAUCAUCUUCGUUCGGGUAAGUGCUGUGACUUUGUGGAAUGUUUUUCAUGAUUUCUUAAUAAACGUUUCUAUUCCUCUUAUGUCGCUAUUCUUGUUUCGUUACUUUCUGCUUUCAAUGUCUUUCUUGUUUGUUUGUCUGUUGUUUUUUUUUGCGAGGGAGUUGCUCGUUCCUCUAAUUCUCCCAUCCCUCAUAAUCAUCCUUAGGCCAAAAAAAAAAAUAUGUGGGUUUCCGGUUUCCCGACCCUACCUAGCUUUUGGACGUCGAAAUCCCGACCCUAAACUUUUUUAUUGGAUCAUGGUUGUAAGUGUAUCCACUUAGAGGAAAAAGUUUGUGGAAAAUUGAAAUUUGAGGCAAUAUUAGGGAAAUUUAUCUUUGGAUGUGGAAGCACUGACUAAACAAAAUGGCGUCCGCUUGUUCGGAAAAUUAAAAAAAAAGUUAAAACCGACCUACCCUACCUAAGUUUUUAUACGAAGAAACCGGAAACCCACAUAUUUUUUUUUUGGCCUUACUUGUAGCUGAGAGCUAAGUUGAAUUAUGAGAAUUACGAAGGACGCAGCUCAACCUGAUCGAGUUGAAGCCGCUCACUGGCAGCCACCUUAUGACUCAAGUCUGAUCACCGAGCACCGCUACGGUGGUAGAGCCAGUUAGGGGCUAAUCCCAACCCACCCUGUCAACAUUCCCUGUGGGAGGAAACCGCUGUACCCGGAGAAAACCCACGACUUUCGGUACACGCGUAAAAAGCGUGGAGUGUGACGCAUUGAACUAUAAAUAAACUGGAAGGCUAUCUCAGGGGGGGGGGGGAUUGAAGCCAGUGCAUUUUAGUUUUUCUGAGUUAUGAGCAGAAAUACUCAACACUGAACGUUGGGCUAUAUAUCAAAUUGAAGCUAUUGAAAAACGCUAUUUGGUGUAGAAAUUUCAAGACUUUAGCUAAAAGGGAAAUAUUGAAAAACUACAAACAUAAUUACCGAUAAUUUGCCGUUUUGCAGUUGUUUUUGUAUUUUUUAAAUAUUUUUCUUUUCGCUGAAGUCUUGAAAUUUCCACACCGAAUAGCAAUUUUCAAUAGCGUCAAUUUGAUAUAUAGCCCGACGUUUGGGGUCAAGUAUUUCUGCUCAUAACUCAGAAAAACUAUUUUGGCUUCAUCAAAUCAUAGGCCUUCAUCAUAGCAGUUAGCCUUCCAGUUUAUUCAUAGUUCAAUGGUCUGACGCUACUUGCAAGUCAAUAGCGAACUUUUGUACGCUAUUCCAUGGUCGCCAUUUUGAUUUUGAUUUUGUAAGAAUUACGUAAUUUUUGCCCAAAAAUUGACGUCAUUCGUCAUUUUGUGGUCUACCAAAGGGCAAACCUGGAGUCGGUGGGCGCCACAGGUGGCCCCACCGACUAAUAAAGAUUUGCCAUUGAAAAUUUGAAGGAAACCUUAACACCCAUAUGUCCCACUAUGGGCGCAACAACAUAUGGUUGACAGACAUUAUUCCUUGAACUGAAAACCAUGGUCAGCUAGAACACUAUAUGUUUAUGCACAUGCAGAUUUAGCACAAAAAUGCUCUGUUAGUCUGCAGGAUAUUUUUGUCUCCAGGUUGUGCUCCCAGGAAGAAAAUUGUUUUUUCCUCCCCUGAAAUUAAGGCGCUUGCGUUGACGAUUGCGUCACCGACGCUCCAUAAGGGUCAUUUUUUGGUCCAGUGUUACUACAGAGGGUAAAGAAUUGCCAGAAAAGCCAUCAGUUGGUGUUUGUCAAGCUGGAAAGUAACUAUGGUGGAUGUAAUGUGACGUUGAUCAUUUUAUUUCUCCAGAUGUUAAACGGACAUGUUCUGCUGCGUAUCGGGGGCGGUUGGGACACAUUGGAACAUUAUCUUUUGACUCACAUGCCGAAAGUUGGUAAGUUUCGUGCAGUGAAGCCGGUUCCAGACGAGCAAGUUUUCUGUGACAAAUUUUCACAUGACGAGUUUUAUAUGUUUUGUCUGUAUAGGAAGCUUUGCCAAGUUUUACUGUCUAUAUGAAAAGUUAAUAUGCUAGCUUAUGGACAAGUGCACUUUUCAUAGAAAAAGAUAGCAAAGUGAAUAUUUUGUUCGUCCGUAAGGGUCAACAAAGAAAAUUUGGGCACUUUAUACAUGCACUUGGUCAGCGAUCUGUUGAUUGUUGUUGUAAUAGCAGCUAUAAUUGACAAAUAAAAUUUGCCAUAUGAAAUAUUUUGGAAAAGAACUUGCUCGUCUGUAAAGAAUAUGCGUCAAUUGAUCGUUAACCCAGAACAUGUAAAGCAGCUAAACUUUAAACCAACUAAAAACUAAACUUUUUUGACGUGGAUCUGCAGUAGCUCUAUUACAUCAUUCUGAACUGUUCUUCCUAGAGUUACUGCAGUGGAAAUCAGAGUACCGGGAGAAAACCUGAAGUGCCGUUGGUGUGUAGGGCACUAUUUUGGUGUGCAGUAUUGAUUGAAAAGUGUCAGUAUUCCGUGUUAUUUUUGAAACAACCAUGGACAUUGUGUUCAGCCCCCCCCCCCCUUGUUUGAAGUUCCGUGGGGAGGGCUGAGCCCCCUUGUUAAACAUUUAUGCCAGUUUGGGGGCUGACCUCCCAAUAUUUUUGCGGAUUUCAUAUUCAUAACCUGGAAAGUUCUUUGCAACAGUAGUAUUGAAAUGAUGCGGUGAUAGUGAUGUUGGUAAUCUGUACUUGAUUACUAUGAGCAUACUAUUAGAUCAUGUUACUAUUAUUACAUACUAUUAUCAUACUAUUAAAGUAUGUGUGUCCAACAUGAAAUAGCUUCGGUAUAUCAGAAUCUUUUAUUUGAAGUCCUUUCUUAAAAAAACACUAAUUGAAGAAUUACUAGAACCAAAAAUAAAGACUGGAACUUUCCAUGUUUAUCAUGUUGCCCCCUCCACGCCUUGUCACCCCGCCCCCCCCCCUUUAAGAGCCCCCCCUUGCUAUCAUUUCAGUUCUACACCACUCAAACUAAGCAUGUAGUUUUUGGGAAAUAAUGACUAUAUAGGUAUAACUCUAGGGAAUGAUGACUUUGAAACACAUUUACAAAAAUUAUAAAAACGCUGAUACGCUAUAUGCGACUUGUCUCGCACACGUUGCACGUCAAAUUGCCCAGUGUAACACCCCUUGCAAUCGUCGAGUCUCGCAACAUUUUUGUUGUAGGAAGCACUAGCAUUGGACAAAGUAGAAUCCGGUUCUAUUUUGUACAAUGCUUAAGGUUACAGAACACCUUUGAGUGUUAAUUUUGCCUAAAAUUUUUUUAUUCGUUUCCAUGAAAGCAUUAUACUAGUUCUACUAUCUGACCAAGUUUGAACGAAAAAUGUUGAAAACUCGCAGAGUUAUUUAAUAAAAUACAUUUCGCUGCAAUAAGAAAAACAUUGAAAAUGUAAUAUUCAAAUUCAAUUUUCUCCCGAAGAAUUUUACGGUAAUUACUGAUUUUCAAACGAGUUGUUCUCCUGCGGGUUUUAACCAAUUUUUCUCAAAUUUUCACAGGACAUAGUUAAAGACGUCAGUUUCAAAAUUGUGUUCGGCUUUUUUUAAAUUUUGGAUAUUUUGGAUAUUUGCUGCCGUAGCGAGCGAGCGUGAAGCGAGCGAGCGAGGCAGCAGUCCUAAUCUUUAUGUAUAUGUAUAUAUAUAUAAGGCAGAUGAAAUGUCGAUCGUUUCGGCGUAUUUCGGCCUACCACAAUGCACUGCUUCCGGGCCGGCAGGCUAUUCUUGCCUGAUAAACAGGCAUAAGGCAAACAAGCAAUGUGAUCAUCUUUCAUCUUUGGUUUUCUUUUAUGGAAAGCCAUAGCUGGCGCAAGUGAUCAAACGGCAUUUUGUCGAUACGCAGUAGUUCGAGCGUUAUACGCGGUGCUUUCGCUAUUAUACGCAGUGGUUCGAGCAUUAUACGUGGUGCUUUUCGCCAUUAUACGCGGUGCGUUCGUCAUUAUACGCAGUGGUUCGAGCAUUAUACGCGGUGCUUUCGUCAUUAUACGGGGUGCUUUUAACAUAAUUUACAUAUUCUUUCCAUGUAUAUAAUCUCACGAUUGCUUAAUAAAUCUGGUAGGCCUAUGUGCUGUGCUUUUUGCCUCUGGUCUGCAAUGACAAUGACAUGCUUUUAAAAAGGAGUAUUUAUAAAAAGAUGACUGCAGUUUGUGAGUUCUUAUAGCCUAUAUUAUCAUAUAGUGUUGAUUUAUUAGUAAUAAAUCUGUGUAUAUAACAUAGGUAUAUAAAUUAAUAUACUGUAACGCAGCAAAUGCGCGCCAAGUAGUAUAAACGCGGCUGAAAUACGAUAUUAAAAUCUUGAAUGUGCCGUAUGAUUUAAUUAUGUUUUAGGAUUUAAAGCCUUUAAAAAUGCUUUGUCAUUUGUAUUUGUACUUGUACUGCAUCACAACGCAGUGCGUAAGUGAACAGAUUCCACAUGUGAGGUUGUCUUGUAUAUAUUUUUGCCUUCUUUGAUAAACAUUAUUAAUUUAAACACAUGUUAAAUGUCACCUGCAUGUCAUCGUCAUUGCUCUUUAACCCCUGGGCUAAAUCAUAUGAUUAUUGAAGCGGGGCCGUUUUGACUUUGGGCCGUUUUGACUUUGGGCCGUUUUGACCUAGCACCGUAUUUGUGGGCAAAUUGUCUAUACAAUUUUAUAUACUAGAUAUCACAGCCAUACCUGCCAUUUUGAUCUUUUCCUCGCGUUAGAUAAGUUGAUAAGUACACUCAUUCUUGUUAGCCAUCGUACCUGUUCGGCUGUUCCUCUUUCGAUACGAAACUUCGAGCGCCGACUUAUCAUACGGCACAUUCAAGUGUAUAAAUUAUGGAUGAUUCCAAUUCAUUACGAAUAUUUCUUACUCUUAUUCUUUAAAAUAUUAAUAUUAAGAGGCAAUUUUUUUUCAGUGUCACGUAUUUGCAAUGAAAAGUGUUCUAAACCUAAAAUCUUUUAGGCGUUCCUCUCAAAAUUACUUUGUUUUAGCUUUAUUCUCUACAGUUUAUAGAGUUAGCUACCUUUUUAAAUGCGUCUGCCGGUUGAGAAACAUAAAAUAAUAGUUAAAAAUUGCCAAUUAAAAUACAAUUAUCAAUGAUGCCUUAAAAUUGACGCUAUAUUUACAGCCAUUUAAGCAAAACGUACUGAACUUCAGACAUCAUUUUCUCUUUGGCGUAUCAUCUAAAAUCUCUUCGUUUUAGCAUUAUUUUACAGAUAAAGCACUAAACAUACUUUUUAAGUUUUUUUUUUACCGAUUGAGAAACGUAUCGAAAAAUAAAAUUAUUAGUUUUGAGCGCGUGUUACGUAACAUACAAAAAAUCUCAUUUAAAGAUUUGGGAACAAGCUAUACCAAGGCAGCAUUCACUACCCUGUGGGUAAACUAGUUUAAUAACCUGAAUAAAGAGCAAUUCACUCAAACAAUUCAGAAAUAUGUUGCUGUCGUCAAAGAAAUCGCCAUAUCAGCGGAAUGACGAAAUAAACAAAAAUUUCCAAACACAAGUUUUUAGAACAACUAUUUUACUGUAUAAAAAUGAUAUUUUCAUAAAUAUAACUUAAAACCAGCAGGAGCACAACUCAAAAGCGUAACGGUACCGCGAUUUAAGAUUUUCCUGAAUAAUUCUUACAUUAUUUUAUUGUUUGUUAAUUUUACAACUUUACAAUAUUUUGCAUACACUGGCGAACAUUUGGUGAAAAUUUGAUUAAAAUCGGAAUGAUAUUGAGCGCGCAGUAGCGAUUUUCCGCAAAACGCCAAAAAGGGGUGUCCUGUAACCUUAAUUCUUGCAGAAUAGACCUUUCCCCUUCCUAAACAAAAAUUUCAUCACAGCUUGAAAGAGCAUCACAAAAUUAGUAAUAUUCCGAAGUUUCGUUGCGAAAUGUUACAAAAUGCGGAUAAUACAGCCUUGCGAAGUUUGCCGUUUUUCAGUCAUUUUGUAUUACAAACGCGAAAUUGAUAAUCAGUUUGAUCAUCUGAUUAUCAAUUUCCCGUUUGUAAUACAAAAUGAGUUGAAAAACGGCAAACUUCGCAAGGCUAUAGUAAUACUAUCCGCAUUUUACAACAUUUCGCAACGAAACUUCGGAAUAUUACUAGUUUUGCGAUGCUCUUUCAAGCUGUGAUGAAAUUUUUGUCCAGACUUGUCUAGAUCAAAAUUUCACUUAAAAGGGGAAAGGUCUAUUGGAAAGCAUUAAGAACAGGCUGAACAGCUAACCGAGGUCUCGUCUCCUCCAACUCUCAUGCACUCUCAUUCUUGUUUGAUUCGGGAUUUAUAACAACUUGAUGUUUGUGAUGUUACUCUGAGUGUGUAUCCACACCGGGCAAGCUGAAAAGUUUACCUGACCACGGUGGGAAUCGAACCCGCGACCUUUGGGAUCGUUGCUAAAACAAGUUGUUAUAGUACUUUUUGUGUGUGUUGGUCGCGGGUUCGAUUCCCACCGUGGUCAGGCAAACUUUUCAGCUUGCCCGGUGUGGAUACACACUCAGAGUAACAUCACAAACAUCAUAUUCACCUGAGUACAUAACACCAGCACACACAAAAAGUAUUAUAACAACUUGUUGUAGCAACAAAAUUGCAUGCGACAAAAUUUUAACAACAAAAUUGCGAUUGCUCACAGAAAAUAAAAGAAUAUAACCCCCCCCCCCCCCCCCCGGCCUAAAAACAAGAUCAAAACCGGACAGACGGAAACGUCAUGAUAUCGUGUCACAUGUUUGAGGCCUUUGACUUGUUUAUCUUUUGCAAAAGUAUUCAGCAAUUUCAGCUGCAAAGUCUGCGGGUUAAGUUUUGAUCUCUGCGAAAUAUUUUCGUGAAUUUCUCUCGUACUGUAUUCGUGAAAGGUAUGUCUAUAAAAGCUCUUUAGAUAUCGUCUUGUUGUUUAGUUAAAGAAAUCUAUUUCAUCUUCAAGCAAAUUGAAUACGUUCUUGCAUGCAGACCGUCGCGUCCGAUUUUGAAAAACGUUAUCUUUGGAUUCUUUGCUCUUUGUUUUUACUGCAAAUUGUUUUGUUUUCAUACAAUUUAUACCCUAAAUCAGCUAGUUUCUGUUUGGUGUGAAAUUAUUAGUAGAUUAGAAAAGGCUUUGGCGUUUCCUCAAGGGGUAUUAGAUCUAUUAAUCUUCUGGUACAAUAUUUUAUGCUGUCUUAGUGUGCAAUAUUACUCAGACAUGUGCGAAAAAUGCGUGAUAUUUUUGGAAUCGUCUAGCUACUGUCUACGAGAUUUAGCGUUUGUUGCGCUCAGCGCUCGUAUAUAAGGCUGCCUUUAAUAUCUUCGUGAACUUGUGUAUUAUUUAGUGUGCAAGCGUUGGGCAAAUAAGUGCAUUUGUCGAUAUUUUGGGAAACUUUUUGCCUAUUUAUUUGACAGCUGUUUUGGCAAGAUAUAUAUCAGUAUGCAAAUUUCUCUGAGUGUCGACUUACAUUCUCGAAUUCAUUAAUGAUUCAUGCGCAACACACAAAGGUUGUGCGAAAUGCGAAUAGUCCAUAAAUUUACUAAUUUAGUGACUUUUCACCUGAGUCUCUAUUUAACAAAUUAUGAAUAGUUUGAAUGGUUAACCAAUAGACAAAUUACAGUAAAAAUGCCUCAAGUUAUGUUAAGGUAUACUUUUCACAGUUUUCAGUGUUUCAUAUCUCUUUGACAAACUCUUUUUGGAGUGAUAUGAAAUAUUCAGGAUGUUGUAUAAAUGGGCUGACAACUAUGAAUUAUAAUUCACUGAGUGUGUGAACCUUUCCUGGAGUUAUUAAUAACACAUUGUUAUGGCAAUGUUAACAAUGUCCUGUUACUUCAUCAGUUAAAAUAAAUAAAAUCCAUAAUUUCCUGUUGAACUCUUUGAACAGGAAAGGUGCACCUUGCACUUACUAUUUUAUGUGGCCUAAUGCCAGAUGAUUUUAUUCACCAAGGUGAUGAGCUCUUAUAUCCUCUUGUUGCUCAAUUGUUCGAUUACUAAGUACAGCAUUCAUUCAAGGCCAGGUGCAUUUUUUUUCUGAAGCAAAGUGGUUUUUGAGCCUGUCACAACUCUGCAGAUUAAGAGAGAAAUGUAAGCAGAAUUUCAAUGUUUUGACAGAAGACCCUUUGUUGGGAAGUGAGUAGUGUGGGUCUAAUCUCUCAAAACAUUUUUUUACUCUGACAAUUUACUUGUUGUGAGGAAAGUGUUGGGCAUUAAUGGAACAUGUAGUCAAGGUCAUUGAGGAUAGGAAUGGUGAGGGGGGGGGGGUGAAUGUGGGGGGGAUGGAGGGGCAUUUUCAGGGGCGCCGGAAGCAAUGUAAAGCGGCGGGGGCAGCCAUUUCAAAAGGGCACUUCAUUUUUCUGAGCGGCAAAAUUUGUUAAAACUUUACUGAAUGGAUACUUGAUUACUUGUGGCUAUUAUGGGUCGGCAAACCUCGACCUUAAUUUUGAACAAUUUUAUUUGUUGGUGCGAAAUAAAAUCAGUAAACGGACGUAUAUUGCUUGAUUUAGCAUUAAUUUUACUGCAACUGGUUAAAAAUAAAGCAAAGAUUGCUUAAUUUAAACAUUGCUUAAGAAUAGUUAUAAAUUCCAUUUCCUGUGAAUAACGAACAAAUUUCGAAGUGCAGUUCCGGUAAAAAGGGCAACCUGUUGCCCCCAUGCUGCCCCCGCACUGUUUGGGCAGUGGGGGCAGUUGCCCCCGUAGCUCCGGUGCCCCUGGGCAUUUUCUCUGGGUCCAGUAUGAGUGUGGGUCAAACAGGCCCCUCACAAAUCCUUGCAUAUGGGUCCAUAUGUGACCCUUCACCCAAUAGGCUUUGGUCUGCAUUUGAUUUGAAAAGUUAGUUGCGCCAAUAUAUUAGACGUCUGGUAUGUGGUUUGCACAGACGAAAAAUUGCACUUGCAAAAUACAUAGACAAAGUCUUUCCACAAAACUGCCAAUACCAGUAUCCUGACAUUUUAUGUAAUUUCUUCUCUGCAGCACCUGAGAACGGCCAUUGUUCAACUGACGCUGCCGUAUCACCGUCUGUGGCAAAGACUCCUCAGAAAUCACAGUCUCGGAAAAUUUUGGACAAAGUCAAGAAAGAGCAACAGUUAAAAGGUAAACACUUUUUCCCAGACUUUAAGGUGCACUGAGUUAAUUUAAUUAAUUUUAUAUUGGACUGUAUUCGAAAUUCUGAAGGCAACAUGGCGAAAUUCUGAAGGCAACAUGGCGACGUUUUGAAACAACUACAUUUAUUUAUUACUUUAAAAUAUGUGUCAAGUGAUACGCAUAUGUGGCAAGCUAGAUGAUUUAAUAGUGUGGAAGGUAUAUUAAUUUGUGAUCCAUUCCUAUAUUGGGAUUAUAAAUGGUCAGCAAUCUGCUAUUUGCCAAGCAAAAACACUAAAUGGCCUGUUAACCCAAUAAGCUGCAGAACUUCCCCACUGACGAGUAAAAUCAUCUGGUGUAGACGAGUAAAAAAAAAGUAGGGCGCACUGGGGCAUAUUGCGGCUCAAUGGGUUAAAGAUGCGGUACAGUCCGUAUGUAAACAAAGGCUUUGUUUACAUUUCGGUAUGCAAAAUGUUGAAUCAUUAUUUGACAAGUAUUUAUAUUUUCAUGAUUUUAGAGUAUAAUAAAUUAUUAAGAGACAACAAUCAAGCUUUGCAAGAACAUAAAAUGAAAUAAAAACCUAAAUAAACUGUUUGUAAAUAAAAAGAGGGCUCCUUUGUGCACAUGUGCAGAUCGGACUGUACCGCAUCUUUAAUAAUAUUCUGUAUACAGACAUGUUAACAAGUUUCAUUUAAAUUAAGUACAUUUUCUUGGCUUCGCUGUGAUGACUGUGAUGGGCAACAAGCGGUUGUCAAAUUUAUUGAAAACAAUAGAGAGCAAGAACUUUUCAUUUGCAUGGAUUAUUGAGACUGCUUACCAAAACUUAUUAUGAAUGGCCAUGUUUGGUCAUGUGGGAACUGAUCAGCACGACCAAUCAAUGUAAACAUUGAAAAGCUGGUCAUCCAUUAUUAGCCUGUGUCCCAGCAACUGCUCACUUGAGCAGACAUUUGUCAGCAGGCCUUAAAAUAUCUUUUACAGGGCCGUCUGACAAAAUGUCCGGUGACGUUGAGUUUGGGUCGGACAUACAGUAUGUCCGACGACCUUCAGUUCAGUUUUGACUCGUAAAUAAGUCUGAAUUACACAAAUGAAUAACAGUAAAUGUUGUAAAGAUAUUAAAUAAUUUGUUUCUUUCAUACUUAUUUCCAAGCCAAAAUUAACUUGCUUGCCAGAACAGUUUUCGCUCGCCGCCCCGCGCUCGACUAUGUUAAAACAACAUUUCCAGUUCACCUUUUAUACAAUAGUACUUUGAUUUUCCAUUUAACAUACAAGCCUCUUAACUAGGGUACAUUUUGAUAUACGUCGGACAAAGCUACAGUUCGGUCGGACACCAAUACACUCGGGUCGGACAAACAAUAAACCUCAGUUUCAUUUUGGUCGGACAGAAUGUCCGGUGGUUUCCUUUCUACGUCGGACAGACAAUUUCACGAAUGGGUCGGACAAUGUCCAUGACCGACCUAUAUUCUAAGGCCUGCUUGUCAGCGCAGCUGAGCUCUGAUGUUUCGAGCGAAUUCCCUUUGUCGAGAAAGGUCGAAGUUCUCACUGCUUAUAUUUUUCAGGGUUAUUGUCUUUACCUAUGCUGGCGGCUGACCAUUUGAGAUUUUAUCACAGUACAGCAAAAAGUCUAUAACAAACAGUGUUACAUCAGACAUCUAAUUGUAUAGUCCAUUUCAUUUUGGCAAUUUUUUGCCAGGCCAAUAUAUUUCACAAUUCACACAGUGAGUGUUAACACCUUUGAACAAAGAUGUGAUUUAUUAUUUUCUGUAGGCUUUGUUAUCCAGUGGUUUUAUUCAUAAAUGUGUUUGGACCGAUAUUUUCUGCUUUCAAAAUGUACAAAAUUAUCGCAAGGAUAUUAUAAUUGUAUCACGUGAUUUAAAGUUCAUGCAUUGGAAAAUAUGUAGUUGUAAACCUUAACUCUUUCUCGACAGACCGGUUUCGCAUUACAUUAAGAUUCAAUUUUUCUAAUGUAAAUAUCUCGGCGAGUAUUUAUCCCCCUUUUAAACGAAAGCCAGCAUUGAAAUCCUCACAAAAUAACCUUUCGAACGGGGUCAAAUGCCGUCAAAACAUUACACAAACCGAAACAAUCAUAUAUUUACUCACCGCUUGGCCAAACAUUCUGUAUUAAAUGACCUUAUCUGUUACUAAAGUUAUUAAAAAUUUAUAUAUUUUCAGACAACAAAAUUGUCAACGCUUGUUUGUGAGACACACUGUCAGUGAGAAACUAGUUCCAUAUUAUUCUGACACUCCAAUAGACCUUACCGAUUAUUCUCUUUUAUCUUUUAUGUUAACUUUUAGCAUGUCAGGGGCAGUAAAGAUUAUAUUCCCAUGUUUUCCUGGACGAAUUUGUUUCUUGCUGUUCUUAGGCUCAAUAACAAAGUAAUUUUCAACCCUACUAAGCACAAAACAUAAGUAAGUAUUUGACAUGAAAACGAGGCCAUUGGGUAAAAGAGAAUAAUUGGUAAGGUCUAUUCGUGAAAUUGUCCGACGUAGAGAGGAAACCACUCGUGGACAUUCUGUCCGACCUAAGACUAAGUGAAAUUGAGGUUUAUUGUUUGUCUGACCCGAGUGAAUUGGUGCGCGACCUAACUUUGUCCGACGUAAAUCAAAAUGUGCCCUGGUCCUGGACUAGAGGCUCGUGUGUUAAAUGGAGAAUCAGAGUAUAAAUGUAUAAAAAGUGAACUGGAAAUGUGUAAUCAAGUGCGAGGUUUUCACCGUGGGGUUCGGAAAUUCAUUGCCAAGAUUCAAAUAACUUUUCCAAAUUGUGCUGAUAUUAAUUUGUGUCUACAUUCAUACAUAUUCCCAAGCCACACUGAACUCAAAAUCAUCGGGCAUCCAUCGGACAUCACAAUACAUAUGCCCGACCCAACUCAAAGUCAUCCGGAACACUUUGUCAGACGGCUCUCUGACCGAUAUUUUAAGGCCUGAGUCUUAUCCACGAUAAAUGCACGAUAUAUUCAGAACAAUAUGAAACCUGAGAUGCUUGGUUUGCAAGCGGUACAAAAAAGUAACGGCGUUUGUGUUCACACGAAGCCGCCAAACGCUCCGUUUUCAUCUUGUUCCGUUUAGAAACUGUGCUCAAAUUGUUACGGUAAAAGUGACGUUUUCAAACAAUUUCGCUCCGGCGACUGGCGUCCAAUUUCACAGUUGGCUGUUAGCCAAUCAGAAACCAGGAAUUUUUUAAUUAAAUAAUAAUAAAAAAUACGAGAUAGUAUUGUAUGAAUCACGAAUUGUUUACAAAUUCUGUCACAGCUGUGUUUCGAGACCAAGAAAUAUUUGUCACUGAAAAGGGUUAAAAAAACCCAACUCGCAACAAUCUGUCAAUGGAAAGAGCGCGGUGGACCAGAAUCCCUCAAACCGAGAUAACGGAUUUUUUUGUACUUCUCAUUGUCGUACUGUUUAUGGAAGAUUUAGUUUCUCUAGAAGCAGUGCUUUCAUAAUAUUUUUAAGUAAGCGGCUGUGGUAAGAAAGUAGGUGGCUGUCCUCAAUGCAGGAAUAUUUUUAAGGAAACUAUUUAUGACAGUAUUGUAGAAUUACUGUCAUCAUUUUCUUCUUGAUCAAUUAGCUGAAUAAGCUAAGCUUUGUUGCAGUAUAACUACUAUACUUUAAGUUCUUGUCAAAGCGAUAUCUUCUUAUAAGAAGGCAUUAAUACGAUAAACACACGGCUUAGAAGAAGAAGAGAAAUUUCCGGUACAUGUUUCUCCUUCAUGGCAUUGGUAGUUGCAGCCAGUUUUUGGUUUUCAGACAGUAUUGUUAAACUUACAAAUCUGACGUUAUCAGUUUAUUGUUGCUUUUACCUUGCCAUUGUUUAAAAGCGAGAUGGAUGCACAGCAUAGUUUACAGAAAGUAGCCGGCAGUGAACCUCUUAACACCCACCGGAGCUUGGGCUUGUUUUGAAAGCCCUGUAGAAAUGGUUUUGAAACGGAUUUGAGUCACACCAAGUUUUUCAAAUUUCAAGACGAUCGUGAAGUCGUCAUGAAAAUAUUUUUUUCCACUUGAAUUACACAAGACUCGCAAGUAACCCCCGUUGGCUCAUUCCUUUGUAUUUUACUGUUAAGUAAGUAAGUGGGGGUAUGCUAAUAAUUCUUCAUCCUUACUUGCUGUUAAGAGCUGAACUGAUUUACGAAGGUCGCAGCUCGACCUGAUCGAGUCGAAGCAUAGAUAUCUUUAUAUAUACACUAGAUAGAUCUCUUUUAGUAAAAUUGAAGCCAAGAAUAUUCCAGCGGUUACCCUCAUUUGAAUAGAUGGCGGCCAUGUUGGAGUUUCCCACUCGCUAAUAAACGCUUAAAAAACAACAAUAACUUUCAUCAUUUGAGUAGUUUGAAAAUGUAUUUGGAAUAGGUUUAACUUAAUGUUUAAGUUCCCUGUUUAAGAAAUAGAAAACAUACGAGUCUUCUCAUUUCAUGGGAAUAUCCGGAGUCUGCAAUCACGGCUUCAAUUUUUGAAUUGCAGAAUAAUUAGAUGCACUAUCUAGUGUAUCCGCCUUAAACAUUCUCGUGCCCAGAGCCCUUCUUACUCUCUGAGUCCGAUAAUGCUCUGGACAAAAAAUUCUUGUUCACUGCUGUGCAAGAGUAACUUGAAUAAAUGAAGAAGAUUUCUACUUUUGCCUUCUGCAGUGCUCCUUAGCUAUUAUGCGAAUUGUGGGAUUAACACAUUCUGUUUGGUCGCUAACACAUUCUGUUUGGUCGCUGCGGUAAACCGAUGUCUGACAUAUGGCGCUGAAAAAAAGCCGCAAAAAAAAGUUCCAAGUGAGCCUGUAGCAACUUUGAAAGCGUAAAAACACCACAUUUGUGCAAAAUAUUUAUAAAAAAACAUUAAGAAGCUCUUUUUAAAGAAAUCAUAAGUCGCUGCAUGUGUGAUUGAAACGAUCGUUGUGGAAUAAGACCUACUGUCUGACGCUUUUAUUCUCUUUAAAAUGUUCGUAUUUAAAACCUCGUCUGUUUUGAAAAAUUUGCAAAUAAAGUCGUCCAUUAUAUAAUUAUAAGUGAAACUAUUUGUGUAAAUAAUGGUCUACCCCACGCGAAUUUAUAAUGAGUUCAUAUAACGCUGUUUUUAAAUUCGAUCGAAGAUCACGAGAGGUAAAUAAUUUUACUCUCAUAAAAGAAGUUGUCUGUUAAACGUAUUCCCAGAAACGUAUUCUCAAAAUGGCAUACCGAAAACAUUUGUAUGAAAUUAAAUCAAUAGAAUAUUUCGCGUUUGAGUGUUCAGCUUGCUCUUUGUGAUUUUGACGUACUGGAAUUGGAAUGAAAUUAUGAAAGAAGGGAAAGGAAACGGUAAACCAGUCAGUAUAGAAUGGGAUUUUAUUUCAAAAUGUUAUUGUCUCAGGACCCACAAUAUUUCAUUUAAAAACAGAAAAUUUCAUCGCGUUGCCGUUGAGAAAACGAGUUCCGUGUGUGGAUUUAAAAUAUAUUUUAAAUGCAUGUGUUUUUGUUUUCACUUUAUUUGUUCAGUGUUUUGCCUUUUGUUUUGGCGUCUGCAUGUGUCUAUUUAACCUUGACAGAUCUCUGAUAUAUUCUUAUCAUUGGCUUUGUGUGAAUAACUGAGUUUCAUUGUGCUGCCAAAAUCUGUUGUGACAUCAAGUCGAGUUUAAAAUUUUUAAUUAUUACAUCUCAUGAGCCUGAUGAGAACAUUUGCCGCUCAUAAGAGUUUAUCAGAAAUUCAGCUAAUGUCUACUGUCGUAAUGAAUAAUGCCCCCUGUCAUUCGCUUUGUGCUAAAUGCUAUAUUAUAUAUUUAAAUAUGCAUAUCUUUCAAAAUCUAUGUGUAGCAAAGCUGUAUUUGCGCAAAAUAAUAUUGUGAGAAUAUCACCGAGUGUAACAUUUUAAUAGUAGACGAUAGUACAAAGUUCACAAAAUGUCUGAAAAAUUAUACGAGAAUGUACAAGAAGCAAGGUAGCACUAUUUAUACAAUUAUGAUAUUGCAUGUUUAAUGUAUGAUUUGAAUCACAAAUUUGGUUGUAUCUAUUCAAAUUCAGCUCAAGGGUCUUGGUUACAUUUUAAAUUCACAAAAGGUUGGAAAUUAUAAGAGGCAACUUAUCGAGACUGGCUAAAAUCAAGAUAAACUAUUAUAUAAAUAUGAUAAAAUGGUGUUCAUAUAAAUUUAUUUUUUUGAAUUGAGUGAAAUUUGAAUUUCAAAUUUAGGUAAUUUUGGCACUGCAUUUUGAUAUGUAUCCUGUAAGCUAGACAACAGCGUCGCCAUAAUGCACAAAAAUAAGCACUUAAAUAUUGUUGUUUGUAAAUUUUGAAGCCCCUCAUUGUGCUAUAGUGUCACUCGAUCAAUAUUUCAUUCCGACCAUCGUUUAAUUAUUCAUUAAAGUCUUUUUUUUUCUCUUUCAUUUAAAGUAACGCCAUCUCCGUAUCGUACAGCUGGCAGGAACGGAAGCAAGUCAGACGAAGAGAACGACGAAAAAGAUAUCACAAGCGCUAUACGAAAAAUCGAAUUCUCUGUCAACCAAAACAUCGCUACAAGAAGAAAAGUUUCUAGACAUUCGCAAGAAGAAACGCCUCAAAAAUCGCCGAAAUCUGUCGAGGAGUCCAGUUUGAAUACGGCUUCAGACAUUAAUCAAAACAAUAUAGCCGAAACAAUUUCGAAGUCAAAAUCACCUAAAGGCAAAGACAUGGAAAGCGAAGGGAAUGUGUUUAAUGAACAUAAUGGGGACGUUUUUAGCUCGGAACAACAAAAUGGCGAGAUGCUAAACUUUGAAGGCGCUCUUGUGAAGGAAAAUAGUAAUGCGGAAAGUUCACUGAGCCCAGAGGAAAGUGAAACUACAGAGAAUACUCCAGAUGUAGUUGAUGGAGCUGUCUUGGCCAAACUAGACACGGAAUCCGCUACGGAAUUGAAUACAAUUGAACAAGAAGAAUCUAAACAAGCCGAGUUGGAGCCGGCUAUUGACAUAACAAACCCUUGUGACAAUGAACAGUCCAGUGACCAUCCUGAGUUCAGUGUUGAGAAUUCAGAAGAACCUUCUUCUGAACAGGCACCUCCUGCCGAGGCUAUAACGGAAGAUCUCGAUGUUGUGCCGAAUGAAUCUGAAAUUGCGAAAAAUGACAACGAUGUGCCUUCAAAAGAUGCCGAAAUAUCAGCGAGUAUUCACGAAGUCCCUCCGAGUGAUUCCGACGUUCCACCUUGUGAUGCAGAAAUCCCGGCGAGUGAUACACAAGUCCUGCCAAAUGAUGACGAAGUCCCACCGAAAGAUCCCGAAGUUUCUCCGGCGGUCAUCCCCGAAGAUUCGAAAACGUCCGAAAGCCCAUCACCAACUCCGGAAUCUACUAGUUCAGCUUCUACGACCCCAGAUGUCCCGCAGAGUCCACAGAAAUGCCCAAGUCCUAGCGGGAAGAAAGACGGCGUCGAACCUCCGAAGAAAAAGACGGGUAAAACGACCAAAGAUCCAACUAAGACUAAGCCUGCUGGGACUAAAGCUCCAGCUAAGAAAGAGCCAGGGAGUACAGUGGGCUCACGACCGAAAAGUGCAAAACCAUCGACACGGCCAACUGCUGAUAGCUCGGCUGUGAAGAACACCAAGAGACCUACCAGUGCGGUUAAGUCCAGCACAACUGCAAAGUCGGGUACGACUACGAAGUCAUCUACAACUGCUGCUGCUGCUAAAACCAAAACAACUGGUGAUGGCAAACCAUCCACUGCCGCAUCAAAGACAAAGGCCCCACCUUCGGGCAAACCCACAACAACGAAAACGCCCAGUGGGAAAACCUCGCCGACUCAUUCCAAGAAACCCACUAAUAAACCUGACCCAAAGGCUACCCCCUCUACCCGGCCAGCACGACCUGCCAGAACCACCGCUUUUGGCUCGUCUGUGUCGACAGCUGCGGCGAAAAAACCCGCGCCCAAAACACGGCCUGCAACCGCACCGCCCGCAAGGAGUACCACCACUACUCAGGCAAAGAAGAAACCCGUGGCUGCCAAGGUGCAAACUUGGUCGAGUUCUGCUACAAGACCGCAGAGUGCAAAGCCUUCAACCAAAUCUAAAGAUUCGACAGACGGCGUGGCGACUAGCAAGGAGGCUGGAGGCGACAGACCUACGUCUCCAACUAAACCGCUGGUUCGUAAAACGCAGACGCGUACAGUGACUACGACUAAGACAACGCGCGUCGGAGCCGGUGGCGACCCUGAGACCAAGUCUCAGACAUUGAAAACUACACGAACAGUCACUGAGGCGAACGGAAAGAAAACGACAAAGACUACUCACAAGGAAAUAUCCCCGACCGGACGAAAGCCCCUUCGUAUGACAACCGAGACGACCGAGGGGGGAACUGGUGCCAAGAAACCUACCAAGGCCGUGACGGAUUCGAAGGCUGGCACGAGAACGACUAAACCUGGGACUAAAAAGCCCGAAACGAAAUUUGGCGCGAAGACCGGACCGAGUAGACCAACCAAGGAAACUGGGGCUAAGAAAGCUACGACAAAAACGGCUUCCAAGGGAAAGGAGGUCAAAGGUGAAAUAAAAGGGGUACCUAAAGCUAAAACUGUUAAAGAAUUGUCAAAUGCUUUGGGUAUUACUAAACCAUCAGAUGGAAAGGAAAAGGACGAUAAGGAUAUUGAAAUCGAACCGAAGGAAAGUGUGGAAAAGAAAGUGGAAGAACCAAGACCGGCAGAGACGCCUGAGUUGGUGCUUAAAGUUGAGACUGUGAAAGAAUUGUCAGUUGCUUCGAGUAUUACCAUACUUAAAACAUCAGAUGGAAACGCGGAUACGCUUGAACCGAAGGAAGAAAAAGAGGUGGAAGCACCAAGACCAGCGGAGAUGCCUGAGUUGGCGCCUGCACAAAUCGAGGAAUCGCCGCAGGUGGACGAAUCUGUGCAGGUUGAAGAGUCUGUGAAGGUGGAGGAAUUUGUGCAGGUUCAGGAAUGUGGCCAGAGUGAGGUGUCUCCGGAGGCUGAAGAAGUUGCGCCGGAGUGUGAGGUGAUUGGGACUGACCAAGAUGGUGAAUCGGGGAUAGUAAAUGUCGAAGGUGGGAUAGAAGAGGUUCCACAAGUACAUGAAGAUAGUGAUGAUAGUGAAGAUAUAGUUGAGAACACUGAAGAACAAAGUGUCCAACAAGAGAGCAACGAGAUUGCUGAAAGUGCAGGAGAUCUAGAAAAUGCGAGCGAUCAAAGAGAAGAAAUAGACCACCGCGUUCUGAUGAAUGGAGAUACAGUCGAACAAUCUGCAGACAUUGUGAGUGAUGUGAAUUUGGUGGAUGUUGCCGAGGACAUAAAUAUAGAAGACAAGAUGGCUGAACCGGAACCUGCUGAACAAGUCGAAGAAAAUAAGGACGAAAUUGGGGAUGAAAUCGCUGCAAAUGAUGAAGAAUCUGGUGAACCUAUUAUAGAUUUUGUCCAGAAAGUUUUGACCGAAGCACACGAGGAGGAACUUCGGGAUCCGUCGGAAUUAAUCGUUCAAGACUCUCCAGAACCUCGGAAUUCGUCGGGGAUCAUCGACGACAGCCUGGAAGAUGAUAGUCUCGAUAUAAUCGUAGUACCUGAAAGUGAUGUUUCCUAUGAAGAAGGCGCACUCCAGUCAACCGAAGCUUGGCCUGCGGUCAGUGUUGGUCAGGAGAUAGAUCUUCUUGGGGAUAAUAAUAACGCGGUUGAGGAGACUGAACCCAAAUUAAACCCAUACCUGAUCCCGUCCGGCGCUGAUCCAGAAGAGCCUGCUGAUUCAACCGCUGACCAAGAUCUGUUUGAUAUCGGCGCAGAUGGAAAAGCUGAACCCUUGUUCGUUGGAGAUACAGGGAAUACCGGUGAGCCAACCAAUAGGGAUUCGGGUUUCCAAGAAAACAAUACAGUCGAUGACCUCUUGGGUUAACCCAAAUAGUAAUUAUCAUUUCUAAGAAACUAUUUAUUGAGGAUCUAUUAGGAAAAUUUUUGUAAAAAUGUAGACACCCAUUUACCAAUUGUAGCAAAAGCAGGUAGGUUGAUUUAAGUGAUUUAUAUAGUGCUACAUGUGGUGAUCAGUGUCAAAAUGUAUUGACGCUUGUGAUAGUGCUAAAUGUUUACAUUGCAUGUGUUUGUAUAGGAAAUUAUAAUAGUGUGGUUUUUGGUGCAAUUUGGCAGAAAAAAACAACAGUACGAGUGAGUUUUUAACUCUAUGAAAAAUAUAAAAAAAAUUAUUAAGAAAAUUCAUGGUCACUUACAAACAUCGAACUGAUACGAAAUAUUAAAAGGUCGUGUUUACAUUAUAACGUUACGGCUAUUCCGUUUAAAAUUCACUGCGUUUCUUAGUAUUGUGUUUACACUAUAACGGAGUGGUUUGCCGUAGCUUAUAUCGAACUACGGACCACUACGCUUAGCACUCCGGAUGCAAAUCAAUACACUACGGUAAAUUUGCCGUGGCGUCAUAGCCGGUAAUCACGGCCUAAGAAUUUUUAACGGAAUGCUGGCCGUAGCGUUAUAGUGUGAACGUGGUCUAAAUAGCUUACUUACUCAUUUGAACAGCACAACAACUUAUUACAAGUUUUAACCAUCAAAACUUUUUUCAAAAUGUCUUUCCACGUGUUUCUUUCUUAUCCAAUCAGAGUUGAGUAAUUUUAAAUGUAUAUUAUUAGCCACCAAACACAAGGGUCAAUACAUAUGCAGUAAUGAACAAUAUAGUCACUCCGAUGUCUUGUUUUGCAGUUGAACACCAUGUGUGGUAUUGUACCACUUAAUAGUAAAACCCGCCUGUAUUAAUAGGCAAAUGAUUUUAGGUCGAGAUUUUAGAUUUUCAUAGGAUGACUCGAAAAUACUUUGAUUUACGACUUGAUUUUGAAUGCCCUGUAACAUCCUACUGGAAGCACGGUCGUGGCUAAAGGGGAUGGACCAGAGGAAAGUUUUCAAGAUGGCCGUCAGUUUUUAAGAUCAUUAAACAUAAAAGAAUCAACAAUAUUAAACUUAACCUCACCCCACACUAAUACUGACGCAAAGUCUUAUUUCAAUUUUGGAAUCAUCUCGUAAACUACCUGUCGUCCAUCCCUUUUAGACAUUACCCUGGAAGCACGUCAAAACCUAACGUCUCGAGCACAAAAACGAAGCUCAAAAAAGCCAAUGUGACGUAUUUUCUGGAAUUGUGUAUUGUAAUUAAGCGGCAUAUGGUCUGCAAACUCGGAUAAUUUCAAAGUUGUCUAUAGUAGACUUCAAGUCAAUUUUGAGACGACUUCACCAUACACAAAUCAUUUGGAAAUUAUUUCCAAAGGAAAGUCAAUUAAGCGAUUCCAACAAGGUGAUUGCUUCAUUAAAAUAUAAAGAUUCAUGACCGAGUUUCCAGACCAAAUGUUUGAUUGAAUGAAGACAAUUUGCUGCAAAGUAGCAAAAUUGAUAAAUUAAUUCAUCAUCUGUUACCAGAUAUAGUUGUGGGAGGUGUGCCCAGGCAGUUUUCUUUUCAUGCAUUUAUCCUGCUCUGAUGAAAAUUGAUAAUGUACACGACAUAAUGGCUCGAUUUAUGAUAGGGACGGAUGAUCCGACUGCACGAAAUUUGGCAAAGAAAAAUAGUUCGCGACAUGUCUUAUCUGUGUAGAACGACGUCGACGGCUCGAUCCGUCAAGACGAGCUAUCUGUGUAGAUUUCGUACACAGACAAACUUACGUGCACAUCCAGGCGACAUUGAAAAAGGUCGAAAACAACGAAACUCCGAAAGCGACUAGCGAUGAGAUAUCAAAAGAGCGACGUGCAUACCCACCCUAACAAAUAGGCUUUUCCCAGAUUGCAGAAUUGGUAAAGGUCCAUUUCCACUCAGGAAAAUUUUCUGCGGAAAGAAAAUUUUGCAAAAUGUGAUUGGCCGAUACAAAUUUUCCAUCGGAAAAAAAUUUUAAACAAUGAUAUUUUCUGUCCGUGGAAAAUUUUCUUGAGUGGAAAGGUCCAAAUAUCUAAAUUGGAUUGUUUUCAAUAAUUAUUUGGUUAGCCCUGAUUGUCUGUUGAUGUGCCCUUUGAUGUCCUUUGGGCUUUGAUGUGCCCUUUGAUGACAUGAUGUCCUUCGAUGUGCCCUUCGAUGUGCCCAACGAUGUGCCCAACUCUGGCUCUGCAGUUUGGGCGUUUCUGUGCGUAUAAAUAUUAAGACAUUCGACGAACUAUCAGGAAAAUUUGAACUCGGGCUUUGUUUGCAAAACCCAUAGAUAUCCUAUGGCAAAACCACGUUGUGAGGGACUGUCCGUCUCUAUGUCGAAUAAAUCGGGCCAUUAUUAUACAUGACUAUAUAUACCUGUGCGCGCUAUUAUUGUAUAUGUAAUUGUGCAUAUUCUUUAAUUAUUGGUCAUAGUUUGUAUGGUAAAUAUCAUAAGUUAUAUGUUUGACUUGCAGAAUAAAUUAUCACUGUAUCGCAGAACGAAAUUUUAGUAUAGAAUCUGAAUGUGUGUAUGUGCGCAUUCAAUACAGUAUAUAAUUAUUCAUGUGUGCUUUCACUAUAGUCUCUUCUAUCAAUUCCUAAAAGAGUGUACUGAACAGUACGUAAGAAAUGACUACGUUUAAUCUUUAACGGUUUGCGCCUGUGCUUGCGUUAUUGUGAAAUGUGAAUCUUGUCUAAUGCUUGUAUAUUUUUCUGCUGAUACGACCAGGCAUUACUGACAACAUCCAACAUUACUUCCCAUACAAAAACGGAUCAGAUUCGUCCUUUCCUGUAUGUUUAUUUCCCUUUUUAGUUGCGCACGUGUAUAUAUGUUUCAAGCACGCCACAAAAGUUGUGUCAGAAAUUGACGUAACAAGGGACAUAGGACAAUGGUCCUAUUACUCAUCUUGACCCUUUGAACAGUUUGUAUCAAACGUUUGCGAAGUGGGCUCUGGUAAUAAUGCAUGACAUCUGCGUGUUGCGACCGUGCUAAAAAACCCGGUACAAACCUCAUGGUACAAACGGUACCUGGUACCAAUUGCAAAAUGACGUUGUGGCGUGUUGUUUACCAUAAGAGAACAAAGCGGCAUCAAAGGUCGAAUGUGGCUGCAAAUAGACUCCAACAUUUCCCCUCGGAUUGUCCGAUUACGUGUCCUUCAUUCUACGUUUAAUUAAUUAAUUCAAGCAUACUAUGAAGAGAUUAUUGAAAGAAAGCCUUACAAAGAUG